AGAAGUUUCUGACAUUGGAGGCCCUCAGAUGCCGGGUCUCGGCUGCUUGUUUCUAUUUUAUUUUGGGGUACGACUUUGGAGUUUGUUUCGCAGGAAGGAAAAAGGCGGCCCACCGAACGUCAGUUCCAAUUUAGAUUCUUCAAGUCCGUCACCAGUUCAAAUGAGCAGGCUUUAGGCACAGGCAUUGGGAAGGAGCGAAAAUGGCGGUUUCUAUUUCUUCCAACAUGGCUUCCGGUGUUCUUCUUCCGGCGCCCUUUUUCAAGAAAGGGAAGGACUUGCGAUUUUCUUCAUUGCAGUGCAAUUCUGGAAGCCCGAUUCGUCUGAGUAAUUGUGCUUCAAAUCCUCGGUUCUCCAGAAAACGGCUUUUUCAAGUUCAAGCAACAAUAUUACAAGAGGAUGAUGAGAAAGUGCUAGUCGAGAAGUCAUUUGAUCCAAAAAGUUUCCCGGAAAAGGAACGAGAAGGAACACCUGGUUCCUCGACUGAUGAUUCACCGUCCUCCAGUGGUUUCGAGAAGUGGAUUAUAAAACUUGAGCAAUCUGUAAAUAUUUUUCUCACGGACUCUGUGAUAAAGAUCCUUGACACCUUGUACCAUGAUCGUCAUUAUGCAAGGUUUUAUGUUCUCGAAACUAUUGCCAGAGUACCUUAUUUUGCCUUCAUGUCUGUUCUACACAUGUACGAGAGUUUUGGAUGGUGGCGAAGAGCUGACUAUUUGAAAGUUCAUUUUGCUGAGAGUUGGAAUGAGAUGCAUCAUUUGCUUAUUAUGGAAGAAUUAGGAGGAAAUUCUUGGUGGUUUGAUCGGUUUCUUGCUCAACACAUUGCAGUCUUCUACUAUUUUAUGACUGCUUGUAUGUAUGCUUUGAGUCCAAGAAUGGCAUAUCAUUUCUCGGAAUGUGUGGAGAGCCAUGCAUUUGAAACUUACGACAAGUUUAUCAAGACUCAAAGAGAGGAGUUGAAGAGAUUGCCCGCUCCUGCAGUUGCAGUGAGAUAUUACACUGAAGGUGACUUGUACUUGUUUGAUGAAUUCCAGACUUCAAGACCUCCCAACUCUCGACGGCCUAAAAUAGAGAAUUUGUACGAUGUCUUUCUUAACAUUAGAGAUGAUGAAGCAGAACAUUGCAAGACAAUGAAGGCCUGCCAAACUCAUGGUACCCUCCGCUCACCUCACUCGUAUCCAGACAGCACUUGGGAAGAUGACGAUUCAGGGUGUGUCCUGCCUGAGGCAGAUUGUGAAGGCAUUGUUGAUUGUAUAAAGAAAUCUGUAAGAGACCCUCCAGCAAACAAAAGAUGAUGCAUCAGAAACCCCAAAAUCCAGGAAACUUGAUGCAGUUGAAAAAGCCUUACAUUACCCAAAGAAUAAACAUGUAUAGGAAAAUAAUUAUCCUAGUGCAAUGUUUCUUUUCUCUCCCUGAAGGUAUAUCACAGUUAUUCAUAGCUAACUCUCAUUUGGAGAUCAUUGUUAUAGUGUGUCAGAUGUAUGGAAACAUAAGAAGUACGAGAUUUUACAUGUUAUGUAUCAUAAUAUUUUCAAAUA